AUGAGCUUUGUCUUGGUCCUUCUGGCCGGGAUUGGAUACUGUUUCCCUCUGUAUAGUGAUGCCCUUAUGCAUGCACUAGGCAUGAGUCGGUCUCAACUAACACUGGUACCGGCUCUCCUGAAUGUUGGUGGUGGGCUGGUGACACCAGCAGGCUUCUGUAUCACCACAUGGGGGCUCAAGAUCGCCAUUAUGAUUGCUGGCAUUCUAAUGAUUGUAGGGUAUCUAGGAAUGUAUACUAUCUCUACUGUGACGGCAGUCCAGAGUGUACUUGGUGACUUAGGACUAGUAGCAGUAGCCUAUCUGUUGGCCUUCACAAUGGGCCAUGGAUCAGGAUGGCUAGAUUGUAUUGCGGUCACUGCUAAUACUACCAACUACCCAACAGCUAAGGGCCAGGCCACAGGAAUCACCAAGUGCAUCUUUGGUGUAGCGGCGCCCACUAUAACAUUGCUCUUCAUCACUUUCAAUGGCACUCAGUCAGAUACUUACCCACUUCGGGCCGAACGCCUUGUCAACAAUCCAAGCGAAUACGCCGCUAUUUCCCCAGCGAUGGCAAGGAGCGACUUCCUCUACUACUACAGCGGUCUCUCAGCUGCAUAUGGUGGCGGCUUGGCAUUCAUCAACAAUCAGGCUCAGAUUAUCCCUUCCGCCGACACCACAGAUCGAGCUCAUAUUGUGGGGGCAUUGCUCACAACGGUUACGGCUACCAGUGCGGCUUCUAGAGUCAUCACGGGUUGGGCCGCUGAUAGGCUCACCUUCCUUUCUAGGCCCGGCUAUGUGGUGCUCCUGAUCGCUAUGAUGGCCGCAGCAUUCACAGCUUUUGUUUUGGUGGUAUGUGGGCAUUAA